AUGUGGUAUGGAUUUCAAUGGAGUAAAGUUAUAAAUUAUGAUUUUCCACAAUCAAUUCAAAAACAUCCUUGUCCAACUUGUAAGGGGACUGAUCAUUCACAUUCUUCAAGCAACCAUUGUAAAUUUCAAGAACAUUGUGCAUCCAAAUCUGUUCAAGAAAAGGCACAAAAUACAAAUGAUGUGCACACUUUAUCACAUGGCCCUUGGUGA